CUGUAGGAUUUGACCUAACAUCCUGUUUAUGAAGUCUCUGGGAGAUAAGCACAGCAGCACAGUUUCCAAAUGGAAGCAGUGUGCAUUUAAGCAACACAGUUACCCAGUACUUCCUUAAAACUGAUCGGACUUCCUUUUCAACAAGAUGUAAUUUCCUGCCUCAGAAGAAACCCUUGUAUAAGGUACUACAACUCCCAAAAUCCACAGCUUCGUCUGCCACUGCACAUGUGCAGCCCCAACAGUUUAAGUUCCUCAGAAGCAGAAUUGUGUCUGCAUAGCUGAUCAUGCUGGGAACAGAGUUUGAAAGUAUAAGGAUUCAAGCAAGUUCCAAUGCAAAAGUGAUUGAGAUCUUCACCUUGAAAGGUGCAAGUAUCAGGUUGAACACUUUACGGGAGUACUUCCCCCAGGCUACAGGGCUCAAGUACCGCAAAUCAUGGAGCUCUCAAUACUGCAAAGUGGAAUGUGAGGGAGACCAGCUGCUGCCCCCUGCUGGACAUUGGGGUACAAAAACAUACAUACCAAUAAUUAAUUCCCAGUCCUGCCUAGAUGAUGACAAUGCUUUUCUUCAGUGUGAACACAAAGUACCUGUACUGGAAGGUGAACAAGAGACAGAGGAUAACUACAGCAAGACCCUUCAGCUGGGUGUCAUGUUGUCAUCUCUCCCUUUCCAAACAUGUGCUGAAAGAGUGAUGAAUCAUGUUUUUGCCAAGACAAUCAUAUCUUUAAAUUCUCUGGACAAGGAAAAUGACAUUCGCAAGAAAAUCUGUGAUGCUAUUGAUGUCUCAGCUAAGUCUUUGCUAAAGGAAGAUUAUGUGUCGCCAGUCACACCAUCAGACUUUAUUUUUGUUUCCAGAAGAUGGAACAUCUUUACAGUUCCAGAGUGUCCUAAGGAUUCAGAGUGGAACUUUUCAAACGUGAGGGACAUCUCUGGGCAGGGCUGUCUCUAUGUGAAGUUAACGAAAGACCUUAAUAAAGAGACUGAUGGGAAGCCACCAGAGACUACUUCAACCAAAAAAGAAUCCGAUGAAAGAAUGGCAGACACAGACCUUUUUAUGGAAUGUGAGGAAGAGGAGCUAGAGCCUUGGCAGAAAAUCACUGAUAUUAUUGAAGAUUCAUUUGUGGACGAAGUUAAUGUAGUUGAAAACAGAACUACAACAGUUUCUGUCAACCUUCAACCUGUACCUGCACCUGCACCCACACCUGUGAUUAUUCCUACUUCCGUGACUACUGCAACUCUGCCAGCAACAAUUGUUGGCAGUAGUAUCCAGAACCAUGAUCCUGGUAAAAAAACAGUGGUCACUCUCUUUUCUAACAACAAUGCUUCUCUUGUUCAAUCUGGUGGACAGCCCCUAAUCCUAACUCAGAGCCCUACAUCAGGACUUGGUACUGUGAUGGCUCAACCCAUGAUUAGACCACUGCAGAUAAUGCAGAGUGCUAACAACGUGACUACAACUUCUGUGCCUUCUCAACCCAUUUUCAUAACAGCACAGGGUUUUCCUGUUAGAAAUAUUCGUCCAGUACAGAACCAACUGGGUAUUGUACUGAAUGUGCAACAAGGACAGACUGUGAGACCUAUCACUCUGGUUUCAGCUCCUGGUACACAGUUUGUAAAACCACAGGUGGGUGUUCCUCAGGUUUUCUCACCUGUGACUCCAGUUAGACCAGGUAACACAGUGUCUGUCCGACCCACUACAAACACUUUCACAACAGUUAUUCCUGCCACACUUACCAUCAGAAGCACAGUUCCACAGACACAGCAGCAAGCAAAACCACCUUCCCAGACACCUGUCACUUUGAAUUCUUCACAGUCACCAGCAGUGACACACCUGGCAGCUGUACAGAAGCCUGUACAAAAUGUUCAGUCCACAGCGGCAAAGCUGGUCACUUUCGCUAACAUUGUUCAUGUGAGGAAAGCCGGAGAAACCAGCACAGAGAUGGCAAAGUCUAUGAGUUUGGUAAACACUGUGUCCUCAGUGAGCCAGAGCCCUACACCAACAGUGUUGACAACCUCCACCAGUUCUGUGAACAGCACCAGCUCAGCGGACCAAAAAGGAAGUUCAGAAUCUAGUAUUGAUGGACAAGAUAAUUCUCGGAAAGUCUGCCCACGAUGCAGUGCACAGUUUCGAAUCACAGAAGCUCUUAGGGGUCACAUGUGUUACUGCUGUCCUGAUUACCUGAAGAAACGAAAUGAAAAUGAACCAUCACAGUCAUCAUCAACACCUUUAUCAGUCUCUUCAGCACAAACAGUUCAGCCACAGACACCAGCCACAAAUAAACAAGCCUCAUCUGGUCCUAAUUCAGUACAGCCAAACUCCCAAGCGCAGACACCUACAUCAGAUUCUGGUAGUAUUUCAAACAACUCUGAAAGCAAGCUUAUCAUGUUGGUAGAUGACUUCUACUAUGGCUCAGAUAUUGGGAAGAAAAACCAAUAUCUCAAUUGUCCCAAACCACCUACUGCAUUCCGUUGCCCUAUUUGUGCCAAACGACUUAAAAAUAAUAUAAGGUUUAUGAAUCAUAUGAAGCACCAUGUUGAGCUUGAACAGCAAAAUGGAGAAGUGGAUGGGCACACAAUCUGCCAGCACUGCUACAGACAGUUCAACACACCAUUUCAACUACAGUGUCAUCUGGAAAAUGUUCAUAGUCCCUAUGAAUCCACAACUAAGUGCAAAAUCUGUGAAUGGGCAUUUGAGAAUGAGCCUCUCUUCCUACAGCAUAUGAAGGAGAAUCACAAACCUGGUGAAAUGCCAUAUGUCUGUCAGGUCUGUCAGUUUCGGUCAUCACUGUAUUCUGAUGUGGACACCCAUUUUCGCAUGACUCAUGAAGACACCAAGAACCUGCUUUGUCCUUACUGCCUGAAGGUUUUCAAAAAUGGUAGUGCCUAUCAGCAGCACUUCAUGAGACAUCAGAAGAAAAGUGUAUAUCCCUGCAGUAAGUGUAGACUGCAGUUCCUGUAUGCGAAGGAUAAAAUUGAACACAAGCUACAACAUCAUCGGACCUUCAGAAAACCAAAACAACUUGAGGGGUUAAAGCCAGGCACAAAGGUUACUAUAAGGGCCUCUACAGGACAGCCACGUUCAGUGCCUUUGACGCCGGCUGACACAGCACCAACUGCAACACCAGAACCAGUAACACAGGGUUCAGAUCCACAACCUGUCUUCUUGUUUCCACCUGUGCAGCGGAGUGGUGUACCAAAGAGGACUGUGAAAAAAAUGUCAGAACUCCUCUCUCAGUUUCAGUCUAAAAGAAGUCACUUGGGUAAACAAAUGUGCCUCGAAUGUAGCUUUGACAUACAAGAUUUCUCCAACCACUUCCCAACAUAUGUUCACUGUUCACUGUGUCGUUACAGCACCUGCUGCUCCAGAGCUUAUGCAAAUCACAUGAUCAACAAUCAUGUCCCACGGAAGAGUCCCAAGUACCUGGCUUUGUUUAUGACCUCUGGAAUUAGGGGAGCAAAGCUGUCGUGCUCUUCAUGCCAUUUUGUAACAGCAUUAGGUGAUGCCAUGGCAAAACACCUUAUGUCCCAGCCAUCCCACAGUCACAGCAAUAUUAUAGUGACCAGGGAACUGCGAUCUUCUACAACUUCAGGUUAUAGUGCUGCUUGUCUGUCUACUUUAAGGAAUAACCGACCCCGAGACAGACGGAUGAAUGCUGCCUCUGCUGGACUUAAGUACGCCCCAUUUCCUGUAAAAGAGGAGCCAAGUCGAGAGACACCUUCUAGAACUCAAGCAGAUGUUGAAGAAGAAAUGGUGCAUUCUACUGAAGAAAUGGAAGAACAACAAAAUGAAGAUCUUGAAACAGAACCUACCAGUGUAAAGCAACAUCUUUCUGUAAGGAAGCUUCGUGUUGUACUCUUUGCCCUUUGUUAUGAUAUGCAGCAGGCUGAGCAGCACUUCAGUAAGUCACCGAAGCGCAUUAGGCACUGGUUGAGGAGGUUUCGCAAAAUACAAAAAACUAGUGAGGAGGAAAAGGAUUGUCCAAGUGCAGAAGCAGAGGAGAAGUUGGCAGAAUGGUUCCUUAUACAGAGGGAACAGCAGAUUCCUAUCAGUGAAGAAGCACUUUUUCAGAAAGCAACAGAUAUCUUCAGGACAGUUGAAAAGUCAUUUACAAUAUCUUAUGAAUGGGCUGUGGGAUUUAUGCUCCGCAACAGUCUAGGUGCAGGGUUCAAAGGGGCAGUGGGACAAAGUCUUCCUCAACAUCUUGAAGAAAAUGUGAAUUAUUUUGUUGAUUUUGUUCAGCAUCAGAUCCACACUCAGGACAUACCACUUUGUAUGAUAGGGGCCAUGGACGAGCUGUCUUUUUUUCUAGAUAGAGAGAUGAUGGCAGAUAAUUGUAGAAAAGAACAUGCUUUUCAAGCAGUUGGAACUGGAAAACCACUUUGUGACAUUGUUCUUACAAUCUUAGCAGAUGGAACCCUCUUGCCAGCUCUGGUUGUCUUCAGAGGACAGCUGCCCCCACAUACCAAUGUGCCAGAGUCGAUUAUCCUAGAAGCAAAGGAUGGUGGAUAUAAUGACGGUGAAACUAUUGAAUUAUGGUCCUCCAGAGUCUGGCAGAAACAUAUAGAACUUCAGAAGAGUAAAGGGAUGCUUGUGAUUGAUAGCUUCAGGACACACUUGGCUGAGGAAACCCUGUCUUUAUUAAGUGUUUCUUCCACACUCCCAGCUAUUGUUCCAGUGGGCUGUUCCUGCAGGGUUCAGCCUUUGGAAAUUUUUAUGAGCCAGACUGUGAAAAAGUACCUGCAAAAAAAAUGGAAAGAACUUGUGAAGAAUGUGGAUGACAAAAGCCCUGGGCCUAACAGAGUGUUGCAGCUAGUUGUAGAAGGUUUGGCAGAUAUCCUGGAAAUUAUUGGGGCACAGCCUGAGCUGCUGCAGCAGUCUUUCUUAGCUGCCAGUGUUCUGCCUGGUUCAGAACGAGUAGAUCAUUCAAAAGAACGCAGUACUAAGGUGCAGAAAGAACUACUUAAUUUAAUAGGGGAGCAAUUGCAGUUAGAUGAAGAGGAGGAGGAGGAGCAGGAUUCUGACUAUUCUGAGUCUUUUAUGGAAGAUUCCACAGACCCUCAGAUCCUUCAUCAGUUAUUUGAAGGUGAGAGUGACACUGAGUCAUUUCAUGGCUUUGAGGAUAAUGAUUUAGAGCAAUUGGAGAAGUAAAAUGUGGUUCCAGUGACAGUAUUUUGACUUGCCAACUAUUAUUUGUUGCUGUUUUUGAUGACUGAGGUGGGAUCCAUCGACGGACUUCUGGGAAUUGCUCAUAGACACUGUACAUGUUUAUGAUUCUGUAGUACUGAUUUAUUUCAGAGUACAUGAUUUCUUCCCAUUUUGUUGCAUCUCUAAUUUUAAAUGAUGAUUCUUCUCCCACCUUAAACUGGGUAUUUUUAACUGUUACUUUGUACAAAGAUUUCUUGUUUUUGCUCUUAAUACACCACUAUGUUUUGUAUGAUUCAAGGACAAAUCAGUUGUGUAUUUUGAAAGUGUAUUUGUUUUUCAUUGGCAGGGGAAGCAUACAGGCAUUUACUGCUAGUUAUAGGAUGGUAAGGGGAUACUUUGUUUCUGUUGCAAGUCAUUGUUAAGUCCUCUACUUUUCAUUCUUGCACAUAACAGAAGUGUUUUAGAAAACACACAGGUUUGUGUUUAAUACAGUCUUUUGUUUUUAUAGACUCUUCCCUCAGUUCUUCUGAAAGUGAAAAUAAAUAUUUACAUGUCACAGUA